AGUCACAACCAGCAGGCUGCGUGAAUGCGGUGCCUAAACAUUGGUCACAUUGUGACUGGGCGACUCUGCAGACUUGGCCUGGCCAGGGGGUGUCCCUGGGCGUCCCUGGGCCGGCUCAGGCCCCCGAUCGCCCACGGUUCGUGCUGCGUCAUACUUGCUCCCCUUGCUGUCAUAAACGCUGCCAACUGUAUUGACCUAGCACACUGUGUGACAUUUGAAGUGUUCUUGCUCCAAACGCUCCAUUUUAUACUCAAGAACUCGAUCCAUUGUUGCACACACUCCCAGCGGUGGCGCCACGGAUUGCCACCAUGGCUGAAUCGGCUCAAGACGUGCGGCGGAUAGCGCUAGGCAUUCUGCAGGCGCGUCUGAUGGAUGCGAGACAGAUUCAAGACGAGUACCGAUCUGUGCUGGGGCGCGACCACAACAUUCGGGCGUCAUGCCACAUCGCGCAGGCGCCCGGCAACGCGCCCAAGAACCGGUACGUGAACGUCCUACCAUACGAUCACAACCGCGUCUUGCUGCGCACGGGCCGUAGCGGCCUGCCUUCUGCCUCCCGCGCCUCCAACGGGUGUAGCAGCAGCGGCAGCAGCAGCGGCGGCAACAGCGGACACAUAAACUACGCGGCGUUCGGCAUGGGAUCCAGCACGGCUGCAGCGGCCCCCACACCCGACUACAUUAAUGCCAGUCACGUGGUCCACGAUGACGAGCAGUGCGGCUUCUCGCUCCGCUACAUCGCGUCACAGGGGCCGCUCGCAAGCACUGUGCCGGACUUCUGGCGGAUGGUGGCGAGCGAGGACGUGGGCGCGGUGGUGAUGCUCACAAACACGGUGGAGCGGGGCGUGUCCAAGUGCGCCGCCUACUACCCGCAGCAGGCCGGCACCCGCCUGCCGCUGCGGCAAGCCGCCAGCGGCCAGCAGCAACAGCAACAGCAACAUGGGUCAGCGCAGGGCGGCGGGACGGCUGUGGCUGUGCCGGUUGCAGGGGCGGGUGCGGGUGGCGCCACGGCGGAGGCAGACGUGGACGAGGUGGUGACGUUGAACUCCCGCGCGCUGCUGGGCGGCGACCUCACACAGACGCAGCUGGCGGUGCUGCUAUCUCCAGCGCAGCCACACGCGGCACCGGCAGCAGCACAGCCGCCUCGUGAGGUACAGGUGUUGCACCUGCGCUAUAACGCCUGGCCGGACCACGGCACACCGGCAGACUCGGGCGCCAUCCGCUCGCUUUGUGACCUGUUGGGCCCCGUCCGCGAGGCGGGCCGGGGCGUGGUGGUGCACUGCAGCGCCGGCAUCGGCCGCACCGGCACCUUCGUUGCAAUUGACGUCAUCCGGCGGCGGCUGCAGGCGCUGUCAGCCGCUGCGGCGGCGGCGCCGGGCUCCGUGUCGCCGGCGGCGGUGCAGGCCGCGCUGGACUUGCCGGAGCUGGUGCACUCGCUGCGCCGGCAGCGGUGCGGCAUGGUGCAGACGUUUGAGCAGUUCGCCUUCUGUUACCAGGCCGUUUAUGAAGAACUGGCGGCGGCGCUGCAUGCGGAUCAGCAGCAGCAGGGCCAGGCGGAGCCAGGGCGCGGCGGCGGGUCCCGGGUCCGAUAGGAAGCGGCGCCGCCACAAUGGCGGCCGCAACGCAAGCCAGGCAACGCCCGUGCUGGCGCUGGUGCCGUUGGGAGCCGCGAAAAGAGCCGAGGGCUGCUGGCGCUGGUGCGGCGACUGACAUGCGGGCUGGUUGUGGGAGAUGUUGACGGCCAGUCAGCCGGCUGUGGGCCAGGGCGCGACGAGGCGCAGUCCUGCCAGGACGCGGGUGUGGGGCGAGCCGCAGCGGGCGCAGCUGCGCAAGCAGGGGCACCAGCACCAGACUCGGAAGCGGCUAGCCCCGGAAUGCUGUACGAGAGGGCAGCACCGCCGGCAAGUGAGGGCGGAGCAGCAGUGGCAGCAACAGAGGCAUUCGCGGAACAAGGACGGGACCCGCGGGCAGGCGGCAGUAAGCGUUGCUGUCGUGCAGCGGUAGCGGUUGUGGCGGCAUGUUGAUCAAAAUAAUUGCGACGUUUUGUGAUAAGGGUGUGGCGCUAGUGGCGCGGCGCAAGCGGCUUGAUUUGCUAUAAUGAACAGUGAAGUGGUGUACUGAGUGGCCCCCAGGCUGGGGAGCUGUGGACAAAUAAGUUGUUUCCAGAUUAGCUUCGCAUUCGUGGUGUAUUGCAGAGUAUUACGUGUGUGUAGCUAUCAUAACACUUGUCACCGAGAGUGAACUCAAUCUGCCCAUAAACGCUGAAGCUGUGAUGCCGCCAGAGGCGCCGACGCACAGAAGCCUUGCCGAAAGCUAUAUCUCCAUUGUGUAGGUGUGGUUGGGGGUUUGAAUCAAUGCAUUGGCAGGUGUAAGGAUGGCCGUGGUGAACGAGCAGAGCGCGUGGGUAUGGGUAGCUGAGGUCUUUGUGGUCGAGCAUGUUGGUGGGUGUGUUGGUGCGUGUUAACGGCGUGCUGGAACGCGGCGGCGGUUUUGGGAUAUCUCGUAUCUGGGUAGUAGCGUUGUGCGGCGGUCAUUAUAUAACUCUUGGCGACGCGGCUUAAGCGCGUCAAUUCAUGUGCGGACAGUGGAAAUGGAAGGGCAGGCGGAGCUCGUUGCUUGCGGGUAAGGCAGGAUUGGAAGGCGGUACUGGAGGAGGAAGAUGGAUGUCGGAUAGCGUGACGGCAUGUUGGACAGGCAUUCGGCAAGACAAGGGAGCUGGUUUUCCCCGUACAGCGUCGUCCGCUUGCUGGCCAUCCGUGGCGUGCGUGCGGCAUCAAACUCAAUACUGGCGCAAACCGCAAGUGCCACAUGUGAGUAUUUAGUAGCAGAGGGGGUGAGCAAGGCCACGUGGAGGAGACCGCGGCCCGAGAAGCGGCUCCGGCGCGCAGGUUGAGACCAGCCGGUGUUCGGUUUGCGGUCUUGACUGGCGAGCAUUGCGUGGCAAGGUGUGUGGUAGGGCGUAUUGCUGCUUGGUUUGUUGCCUGCUGUGCUUGUGCUUGACAGCGGGAUGUGGCUAGACACAUGGCGGGCGGUGCUGCGUGUCCAAACUGACCCCGGCUAUGUCCGGGAGAUGAGGUAGACGCUUGCGGCCUGUGACGGGAGACGUGGCGU